AUGGCUUGCGCUUGGACUAGUCUGGGCAAGCUUACCCUCAAAUUGUCUGUUGCCUACGCGAGCACGUUUAAUUAUUCUCAAAGUGUGGUCUUGGUAGAAAAGCGAUGCCUUGUCCCAUUCCCCCUUGUCACUGUCACGGUUGCUUCCAAGCUGUUUCCUUUCUGUGUCGAAAGCGCGACGUCCAACGCGAUGACGGAGAAAUUUCUGCGAAUAGCAUGCAUGUCUAUCGAAUGUUACGAGUCGAAUGGUGCUUUGACCGAAGCGAAUCAUCACUCUUUCAAUGGAGGGAAAAUCUCCAUGAACCAUAGCUGCAUCUCGGUAAAUUCAUUGUCAACCUGGUACUACUACUUCCCCGUGGUGUUGUAUGACAUCUUGAUGGUGACAGUACUAGUAUCUACCAUGCAUCUCCUGCGUUAUAAACCUCUUAGUAGCAGAUGCGCGUCGCUCAUCAUACUCAGUGUGAUCUAUGACGGCAUUGAAUAUUUCCUCGUGUUGUCCGGCAAUGUCGAACGUAUUGCAGCUCACCCUUUAUCGUAUGAUCGAUAUCGAGACUCAGAAACUCAGCUCUAUUAUAUCCACUCGCUUCCAUUAUUAGUCGGCAGGGACAUCAAUAGGCCAUACUGUAACCUGGAUGGUUCUAGAAGCUCCAGAAGCCCCAUAAAUACAGAGUUCAGGCCCACAUCGCCUCGUAAUUCUAACGACAUGAAACUCGAUAUACCUAUAUCCGUCGAGCACCCGGUAGCAGUAGACUACAUGGACGAGUCUAGGCAUCUGCGAAGUUUCACCGAUUGA